AUGUUGUGGACAACUUCCUUUUUUUCGCUCCUCCUCUCGAUCACCGCUGCCGGCGCUCUGCCAUCCAACCUCCCUGCUGACGCAUCGCUCUAUUCAUCUCUACUCGAAAAUGCUCCUGAUGACCUCCAGCUAAUCAACUGCCCACUCGGAGAUUCGGUUUAUUUCCCCGAAUCGACCUUGCCAGCACCAUCCAAAGGCCUAGAGCUCAAGUUCGUGACCGUCGGCCGCGGAACCCAGAACUACACCUGCCCCGCCAACAACAACACCGCGAAACCCAAAGCCAUUGGCGCAACCGCAAACCUCUUCGACGCAUCCUGUAUCGCCGCUCUACACUUGGACAGCGACUCCGGAAAGCAAUUUCCCAUACAUAUCAUCCCUGACGUUCUCAAACCCAUCGCAAUGGGCACCGUGGAUUUCCUCGCUGACAUGCUAAGCCGCACCCGGGGUCAAGAUAUGGAAAUUGGGAAGCACUAUUUCACUGCAGACGGGGUACCAUUUUUUGACCUCCGGUCGCAACAUUCAUCGAAUGAUUGGCUGUCUUGCCAGAAGGAAGCUGAGAUGCCCGCGCCUGAGAGGCCCGGAAACGGAGUUAAUGAGGAUGUGGCGUGGUUGAAGCUGAAGCACGUUGACGGGGGCUUGAGUGAGGUCUACCGUCUACAUACAGCCGGCGGCUCGCCACCUGCUACUUGCGAGGGCAUCUCUGGAGAGUUUACCAUGGAAUACGCCGCCGAAUAUUGGUUCUAUGGUUGA